AGUUUUAUAAUAACGGAGCGGAACGACGGCUGCAGCGUCACACAUCUCGAUUGCCUGUAUAUACAAGUCGCAUUGCACGCACAGCGAGUGCAAGUGCAUAAUAACAUAUAACACGAGUUGCAACGGCCUCCGCGCCGUACGAGGAGCAGAAGAGUCAAAAAACAGCUGUGAACGUAGAAUAUAGUGCGUGUGUGUGCGGUGCAGUACGUGCAGUAGUGAGCCGAGCCUCGUGCGCGCGUUGCAGUGCAGCAGCAUCAGCUCUAUUAUAUACAUCUAUAUCGGAAUAUGCGCUACGAUUUUUGCGCUGCAUGACCGAGCUCUCUGUCUCGUAAAACGAAGCUCGAGUCGAGGCAGCAACAGCAGCAGCAGCAAAGUCGCACAAAUUAUAACACACACAUCCAGCGAGUUUCAAAGAAGCUUGCUGAAAACUCCAAUGUGGAAAUGUUAAUACACCAUGCGGAGCAUGUGAAUGCAAAGAAUAUACUGAACUGGUGGAAUAAAUUUGAUAAUUAAAGCAUUAGUUGAAAGUAGAUAUUUUUGAAGAGAACUACAAUAAUGUCGCUGUUAGAUAAUUUACCUGCGGGGGUUGCACACAUCGUGAACCACGAUGGCAACAUAAACAACAACAGAAAUAACAACAGAAAUAACAACAACCAAAAUCCACUGUUUAAUGUUAGAGAUAGGCUUUUUCAUGCCUUAUUUAUCAAAACUGCAUUAAUUUAUGCAAGAACUUUUCCACGACCUGUUCGACGAAUGAUUGAAUUUAUGGUUUUACUCAAAGCAAUAGCCGCAUUUUUUGUACUGGUGUAUAUUCAUGUAGUAUUUUCAAGGACACCAGCAAACUGUUUAGAGCAUGUAAGAGAUGAUUGGCCUAGAGAUGGUAUACUUAGAGUUGAAAUUUUAAGAAAUGCCGGAGAAGAUUAUAAUAUAGAAAAAAGCUAUGCAAAAGAAGAAAAAUUACGAAAUGACAAAGUUGAAGACUUGAGUUCUGUGUUAGGAAUAUUAGCAAGAGAUGGUUUCAUAAAUAUUGAACCAUCAGCUGUAGACGACGACCAAGGUUCUCAUUCCCUCGAUGAAGGUUUACAAAAUUUAAGUACGUCUGACAAAGGAUUAAAUUUACGAGAUGCCACAUUAGAUAGCUUGCAUAAUUUUAGUGCAGUUAAUCCAGCUAUGAGUCCAUUUUUAUCAACCCACUUAUGGGAAGGCUACUCACAAGAUCGAAUAGACGAAACAACAUCCGCGACUAUGAGAACAUUAAAACCGCAAGAUAAUAUUACCGAUCAAGACACUAAAAGCACCGCCGACAAAGAUAACAUUAUUCAGCCUUUGAAAGAACAAGUUUCGGAAGUCGAGAAAAUUUUGAAAGCAGUUUUUCCAGAUGAUGAAUAUAUCGUCGAAUAUUCUUUGGAAUAUGGCUUUUUAAGGCUUUCUCCGGCUGCUCGACAAAAAUUAAAUAUUCCUGUUAAAAUCGUGACAUUGGAUCCCAUGAACGAUAAAUGUUUCGGUGAUUCAUUUUCACGAUUUUUUCUCGAUGAAUUUUUAGGAUACGAUGAUCUUUUAAUGGCCAGUAUAAAAACGUUGGCAGAGCACGAAGAUAACAAAGGUUUUUUAAGAAAUGUUGUUACUGGUGAGCAUUACCGUUUCGUCAGCAUGUGGAUGUCGAGGACCGCGUACAUAGCUGCAUUUUUCAUCAUGUUAAUUUUCACUGUGUCCAUUUCGAUGCUGCUGAGGUACUCCCACCAUCAAAUCUUCGUUUUUAUAGUGGACCUUUUACAAAUGUUGGAAUUCAACGCCACCGUGUCGUUUCCAGUCGCCUCUCUUCUUACUGUGAUUUUAGCGCUUGUCGGAAUGGAGGCCAUCAUGUCGGAGUUUUUCAACGACACGACGACUGCGUUUUAUAUAAUGCUCAUAGUGUUUGUAGCCGAUCAAUACGACGCAGUUUGCUGUCACACUCAAAUUACCAAAAGACACUGGUUGAGAUUUUUUUAUCUCUAUCACUUUACGUUCUACGCUUAUCAAUACCGCUUCAACGGGCAAUACAGCAGUUUGGCGCUGUUGACGUCGUGGCUCUUUAUCGAGCACUCGAUGGUCUACUUCUUUCAUCACUACGAGCUGCCUACCAUACUCCAGCAGGCUCAGCUGCAACAGAUGCUGUACCACAAUCCCGGCGCCGCUCGUACGUUCGGGGCGCAGCCCGCGCAGCCGAUGCCGCCGCCAGGAGGUGCCGGAGCAGCUGGAGCAGGAUCGGGAUCAACAGUCGCCGAUGUUCAGGCCCAACUCAACCGUACUCAGAGCGAUUAUAUAAACGAACUGUCGCGAUUGGAAAGAGUGGUGCGGCCGCCGAGUCGUCGAGGUUCCCAGAGCAGCAGCGCACCGUCAUCGGGUGUCAGCCAGAAUCAGGAGUCGUCGUCUGGCUCCACUGUCUUGGGAGCUCAAUCGGCGCCCCCGCCACCGGCUGGCUCCAAUGUCUCGGGAGCUAAAUCGUCGCCAGCGCCACAGCCACCAGCAACAUCGACAGAAACUAAUUCAUUGAGUCAAGCCUCGUCGGCCGAGAGCUUCGAAGUCAUAGAGCCAUCCGAGGACUCGUCGAUAAUCGCUUCGACGCCAGAGACAAUAAUCAACCGACGACAGCAGCAGCAGCCACAACAACCUCCUCCACAAUUUUAAAUCAAGCUCCUGUCCCGUUUUAGGGGAUGGGUCUUCAUUUGUUUUUUUAUUUAUUAAAUCUAUUAUGGUCUAUCAGAUAUAUAGGCGAAACAACGCGAGAGCAAACAUAAAUAAUAAAUAACAACAGUCAAUGUGUCUAUAUUCCGAUAGAACAAAAAAAAAACGAAAAAAGAGACAUUUAUACUCCCGAGCAAUGUGUAUAAUGUUUUUGAUAAGUCAUUAAGGUUAUUAUAAUUUAUUAAGUUUCUCAGCUUUCUCAUGUCACGUUGUUGAUUUUUUUUCACAGUUAUUUUUACAUCUUAUUAUAAAUAUUAUUGUUAAAAAAAUAAUUACGGUGCAAGAGAAUAGACUUAUAUGUAUCGCAAGACCGAGACAUGAAAAAAAAAAAAAGAGAGAAAGAAAAAGCGAGAGAGAAACCUUAUGCAUGAUUUGUAUAGGCAAAAAAGACGCGAGAAAGAGUGUGCAUCUUGUUUUUCCUUUUUUGGGUUCGCGUGACGCGCUCAUUGUUAUUUAUCGAUUUUAUUUUUGUAUAAAGGAUUUUUUGUCAAACUCUGGGUGCGCGUGCGCUCCGACUCGUUACGUUACACACACAGCAAGCAAGCAGAGGCGUAAUCGAACCUUUUUCUAUAUAAAUAUAUAUACAUAUACGAAGUAAAUAAAAUAUUGUUCAUUGAUCUCGGUUUAUAUGAGACUUCGAUGAGGAAUUUGUAUAAUAAAAAAAAAGCAGAAUAAGGAGAAUUAUAUAAUUAAUUGAAAAGAAAAAAACUUAAAAUACUUGUACAGCGAAUUAUAAUAAAUUAACUUCCAGCUAGUAGAUUACAAAAAAAACGUCUUUAUUUCUAAUAAGGAGUAAUGUAAUAAUGAAUGGUGAAAUUACGGUUAUUAUCCUGUUUAUUUUGAGGAAAUUAGAUGUAUAAUGAAUACCAAGAAAAGAAAGAAACGAAAAAAAAAACUAUUGCACUAAUGUACAAACAUUUGAAUAAAGAGAAUAUGCUAAUCGACGA